AUGUUCUCCAAGGUUGCCAUCGUUGCUCUCGCCGCCGGCGCUCAAGUUUCGUUCGCCGUACCCCUUACCCAGGAACAACGCUCUCUUAAGGCCGUCGGUACGGCUCUUGUCGGCGGCGCUGCUUCUCUGAUCACCGGAGAGAUCCUCAACAACAAGCGCUCGGAGUCGGGUGUUAUGGUCGAUACCCAAACUGGUACGAUCUACGCCGACAUCCCCGAUACCAAGGACACACGCUCGCUCAAGGCUGUUGGAACGGCUAUCGCUGGUGGCAUUGCUUCAGGCGUGGCCGGUGCCGCAGUCAAGAGCGUUCUCGACAACCGCUCUUUGUCGGCCAUCGAGAACUUCUUCAAGAACCUCAAACGUGACGAAGGUCUCCAGGCGCGCUCGCUCUCUGCCAUCGAGAACUUCUUCAGCAACUUGAAGCGUGAGGAGCCGGAGGCACGCUCUCUCUCAGCGAUCGAGAACUUCUUCAAGAAUCUCAAGCGCGACGGUGAUCUUGAUGCGCGCUCGCUCUCCGCCAUUGAGAACUUCCUCAGCAACUUGAAACGCUCCGAGACUUCUGGUCUCCUAGUCGACACCGAGACGGGUACCCUUUACAUGGAUGUUCCCGAUGCAGUCGAGAGUAGGUCGCUCAAGGCCAUCGGGACUGCCGUAGCGGGCGGUAUCGCGUCUGGCGUCGCUGGUGCCGUGGUCAAGGACGUCCUCGGAAACAACAAGCGCUCCGGGCUCUCUGGUCUGAUGGUCGACACGGAGACCGGCACAAUCUAUGCGGACAUUCCCGACGCAAACGAAGGCCGCUCGCUCAAGGCCGUUGGGACUGCCAUUGCUGGUGGCAUUGCAUCCGGUGUAGCCGGUGCUGUUGCUAGCGAUGUUCUCGGGCGGUCUGAGCCCUCGGGUCUCAUGGUCGACACUGAUACCGGCAUCAUCUAUGCUGACGUUCCCGAUGCAAACGAGGGCCGCUCUCUCAAGGCCAUCGGCACCGCGGUUGCUGGGGGCAUUGCGUCUGGCGUCGCUGGUGCUGUCGCGAAGGACGUCUUCGGCAACAACAAACGUGCGGUACCCUCUGGGCUUAUGGUCGACACCGAUACCGGCGUGCUGUACAUGGAUGUUCCCGACGCGAACGAGGGCCGCUCGCUCAAGGCUGUCGGUACCGCUCUUGCUGGCGCUGCUGCUUCAUACGUCACUGGCCAGAUCCUCAAUAACAAGCGUGAUUCUGGCCUCAUGGUCGACACUGACACCGGUGUUAUCUACAUGGAUGUUCCUGACGCCAACGAGGACCGCUCGCUGUCAGCCAUCGAGAACUUCCUCAGCAACUUGAAGCGCGACGAGAACGAAGCCCGCUCCUUGUCCGCGAUCGAGAACUUCUUCAAGAACCUCAAGCGCGAGGAGCCCGAAGCCCGUUCGCUCUCGGCGAUUGAGAACUUCUUCAAGAACUUGAAGCGCUCGGACGACCUCGACGCUCGCUCGCUCUCGGCGAUCGAGAACUUCCUCAGCAACUUAAAGCGCGAGGAGCCGCAGACCCGUUCUCUCUCGGCAAUCGAGAACUUCUUCAAGAACCUCAAGCGUGAAGAGCCCGAGGCGCGCACCCUCUCCGCCAUCGAGAACUUCUUCAGCAACUUGAAGCGUGAGGAGCAUGAGGCGCGCUCGUUGUCGGCCAUCGAGAACUUCUUCAAGAACCUCAAGCGCUCUGACCUUGUGGAGAGCAUGGCAAAGCGUGCGAUUGACGAUCUCGAGUAA